AUGACACGAACCCCUCGUCAUCGCCAUCGCCCAUUCCCCCUUCCCUCCCCCCUUCCCUCCCCCCUUCCUCCCCCCUUCCCUUCCCCCUUCCCUUCCCCCUUCCCUCCCCCCUUCCUCCCCCCUUCCCUUCCCCCUUCCCUCCCCCCUUCCCUUCCCCCUUGCCUCACCUUUUCCCUUCCCCCUUGCCCCCCUUUUUCCCUUCCCCCUUCCCUCACCUUUUCCCUUCCCCCUUGCCUCCCCUUUUCCCUUCCCCCUUCCCUUCCUCCUUGCCUGGGGAGCGCCGCCACGUGUCUAUCGAGGGCGCUUGUAACGGGACGGCCUCCGCGCCGCGCAGCCAUCGGAGAUCUGCGCUUCACCCCCGCCCUCGCACGUUCCCACCUGCCUCUCCGCGCUCCCCCGCAACCACCUUCCGCCUCCAUCGCAGCGUCCGCCGCGCUCACGCAAACCGUGGUGCUGGCGGCGACAAGCACAAGCGCACACGGGAGCGACACGCGCAACGAGUGGAAAGCAUCCGCGCGCCACGGGGGUGGCGCAGGGGGGUGCGGAAGAGCCGAGAGCGGUGGGAGGUGCGUGCGAUGA